UGUAGGACGGGUGGAAUGUGCCAGACAUUGCUGUAUAAUAGAGACGUCGGACAGGUUUGACACCACGAUGACCUCAGGAUUUUGUCGGUGGCCUCGUCUCGGUCAAAACAACUGUAGCGUUCUAGACCUAGGGCUCCUGCCUGACAUUUCUUGCCUAACAGAACAUAGUUACAGGGCUGUAGACUAGGACUAAAUCUGUCUUCUGUGUUGACGACAAACUUGGCGUCGUGAGAGAGCUAGAGUUGCGGUAACAUGGGGAACAACCAGGCCGCGAGGAUUCGGCAGCGGGCCGAGAAGUUGGAAUGGACGGACGAGAUUCUCUCUCCUGGCGAAGUACUGAACGACUACGACCUGCCCGUGUUCGUAACAGUCGCCAGGGAGGACCCUCAAGCAGACCUGGCUAAAGACGAUAUCUAUCUGUUGCGGUCGUCUUAUUCAGAGCGUGACGUGUUCGCCAGAAAAGUCCACAGGACGAGCGGUCGUCUGUAUGGUCCCCUCUUGACGAUUCCCCUCAAACACCCGGCAAAGUUUGUCAUUUUUAAGAAAGUGUUUUACAACGGCGUGAGUGAGUUACUGCGGGCGAACCCUUUCCCGGAGAGCUUCAGAGUAGAAGAGAAUGUGACGUGGAGAGAGUCGGGGAAAUCUCAGGAAGCUUUCGAGUUGUUGGGACUACUGAGUAUGAAAAUGUCCCAGAACCAGAGUAAAGAUGGCGGCCAUGUUUAUGCCAAGGACAUGAGUAAAAUGAAGCCGAAGGUCAUCAACAUGUCUCCCGUGGUGGGCGACUGUCUUACAGUCAUAGACAAGACGGAACCAAUCCAAGACUCUGAGGAAGUAGUCUUAGAUAUGAGCCAAGGUGGGGGUAAGAAGAAGACGUCGACGUUGAAAAGAAUUAAAAGUUCAUUUAAGGGCAAAAAGGAAUCGAGGAAAACUAAGACAGUCGCUCAGCCCAUGGGCUACUUGGUUUGUGCUAACCAGACUGGAGGUUUGGUAUGCCUACACACGGACUGUACGGGCAGGUUCUCGGCCUACCUUCCAGAACAAUACACCAUGGAGGAACUACUGGAAAACUUCAAGCUACCAGGAGACGUCGAGGUGGUGGGAGGGAAGCUUCCAGACGAUCACCCAAACUUCGGAGGGCGUUUGAGACUCUUGAGUUUUUGUACAGAGACUUUUCUUGUUGUUAACGGCCUGCCAAAGCAGGGGGAGGUUACAGGAGCUGGCGUCCAAGCCGCGGUGGUGACGGAACUGUCUAUAGAUAGUGAUGUACGGUUCACACCUGCAAGAAAAUCGUCGCCACAAAACGUAGAACUGCUGAAGCUACUGCAGGGGCACCUUCAGCGCGUUAGGCCGUGCUCGGAAGGGUGCGUGGCGGCGGUCAGUGCCGGGGCGGCGACGGACGCGAUGAGGGCCGAGUGGGCGGAAUCCCAGGCCCGUGCAAGAGCAGCAGCUCUCUCAGCUGCACGGAGGACGACGCCUGCCAUGACGAGACAGGCCACUCAGCCUCCACCCGGCAAGCAACCCUCGUGGUGGCGCCGACUCUACAACUCCAGUCGGCGGAGAUCUUCCCAGUUGACCGAGACGCCAACGGUGACCCCUCCCGGCACAAGGACCACCGGAAACGUACAGAGAACAGCAGGCUACGGGCCAAGACCACUGGACAUUAUAGAAGAAGCCUCGGACACAGAGAACUCGGACACAGAGAACUCAGACACAGACAAUUCCAGUCUAGGUCUCGAACCCGAAGAGCAAGAUAGGGUUAUGAACGCUAAGAAAGGCGGCUUGAUUCCUAACGGAGGAUUGGUCUCAAAAGCUCUGUCCAAAAUGGGUCGCCGCUGAGAGUCUAGCAUGUUUGAAAGGGUGUAUGGCAGCAGAGAGCACCACAGCGGCGGCGCAACAUGAACACAUAUAGAACACAGUUUGUCUAUAUGACAUAAGUUAAGGUUAUAUGACCAGUGUUGCUUUUAGUUUAGGAACAGUUCAGGAAAAACAGAGGGGAAUGUUUUUGUGUAAAGUUAUUUUUUUUCAUAUCAAUGUAACGUUAUAAUUUUGUCCUGCAAAGUUCUUAUCAUGGUUUUGUUAUACAUUCUUAGGGCCAUCUUCUUUCUUGUGUGAACUGUUAUUGCAUUUGGUAUCCUUAUGUAUACCGUUGUUUUGUAAAUGGCAUCUCAUAGUUUUCCACAUUGCGUAUAUUGUGCAGGAGCGCCACCUUCCAAAAUACAUUUAAAUGACAUUGCACAGAACUUAUUUCAUAUCAUUCCAACAUAUACAUGUACAUUACCUGAAGAUAGAAAAUAUACUAUGUAUACCUGUUAACUCUCUUUAAAUCACUUAAGAUUCAUCUUUGUUUUCUCAUGUGGCAGUAUCAUAUUAUAGCACCAAGUGGAAUUAUGAAAGUUGAUGUUACCAAAAAAAGUAAAUAUGAGUUUAUGGACUUUAUGCAGAAUUUGAAAUAAACAUAAUGUUAACAACCCCUCUCAGAAACAUGGUCCAAAAUGUGCUUCUAUGUUUUAAUGGCUUUAACGCUAGUUCACCCUUAUCCGCAGGGUAACCUAUAUUCGUUGUGUUUACCAACAUGGUAUUAAGUGAUAUCAACUGG